UUUCUCUUAUAAGGUCGUUUAAAGCAAUUGCUAAUUAAACGCAUUUAAUUGAUUUCCGAAAAACACAGGGGGUAGGUCUUUUGACACUUUCCCCCGAUUGCCGCGAGUAUAAAAGAGGGGCGCACGUGGCGUUUUCCUCCUCUUGCUCGAUAGCUUUCCCAGCGUUUCUGCACUUUUGAUAAUUGUUUUAAAGCCUCCGAGAGCGGUGCAGCAAAAUCAAAAAAUCAUGCCACCCAUUAGAGCCAGAAAGUCCCAAGCCACUGCCAAGUCCACCAUGGCAAGCAGGCGGACCAAGGGAGCCAGGCGGCAGCAGGACAGAGGGGGGAGGAGAAACCUAACCGCUGUCCACCACGCCGACACCAGGGCAGCCCCUGAGACCGAGGGGAUUGGUACAAGUACCCAGGGCUGGGAGGAAAAUAUCCAAGCCUCCACGGGAAUGGCGGAGGAGCAUGUGCCGCUCGGUACCAACCAUACGGAACACCAUGUAUGGAUUGUGGGAUCUUCAAUUGUUUACUGGGCAUGUAGAUGGGCGGCUACAAAUCUGACUACUAACUUACGCUUGGAAAAUUUAGGCGUUCAGGUAACCUGGAUUGGCAAAAGGGGCAUGAAAUGGGGGGAUCUUAUUGACUCGAUGGAGCAAAAGUUAACAAAAUGUCCUCCUCCAGCAUAUUUAGUUAUACACCUUGGGGGGAAUGAUAUCACUUCAAUUAAAAGCGAGGUGUUAUGUACCAGAAUAGAGCACGAUAUAUGUUUAAUGACAAACAGAUUACCAAGCUGUAAAAUGAUAUGGUCUGAUAUACUCCCGCGUCGGAAAUGGAUAGGGGGUCGUGACAUAUGUUCCGUCGAACGGAAGCGAAAACGAGUUAAUAGAGCUGCUCGUAGGGCGGUCGCAUCAGUAAACGGCAGUGUUAUUAAUCACCCUGAUAUAGAGUUUUCGGAGGAGGGGCUUUACCGCGCUGUGCAAUUAUAACAAACACUUUUCAAUCAGCCAUAGAAGCUUUUAUCUCCUCUUAAAUUUUAUUUGUUGGGUGGCAGAGAUGUAUAGACAUCUCUGAGUGGCGGAUAUGUCAGACAAGCAGAGACAUUUGUCAUCAUUAUAUUAAUUAUUGUUUAUGUAUGAUUAUCUAUUUUACAUGAUUUGUAGAGCAUGUUGUGGCUCGCUAAGGCUACCCUAGGAGCCAAUACAAGCUUGCUAUGGAGUGCACUAGGAGCUUGUGUGAGGGAUCUGUUCGGUAUAACAGUAACCUCGUACCCCGUUCGGUAUAACGGGUGGUUAUUUUUGCCCUACUCAGUAUAGUGGGCUUACCUGUUCAGUAUAACGGGUGGUCAUCUUUGCCCUACUCAGUA